ACGCAAAGUCAAAAUGUUAACACUAUUUUAAAAUGAGUAUUACUUCGUACAAUACGGCAAACGGAAAAAAAAAAAAAAACUUAAACAGCAAAAAUUCUAUGUUUUUUAGAGAGAAAAAGACAAAUUCUACGCUCACAGAAUCAGACACCAAAAAUUCUCCCUUUUCUCACUCUCAUUUUCUCUCUCCUCCUUUCUCUUCCUCCUCCUGGAGUUGCACAAGUGACCCACAGGAGCCAUUCAUAAUAGCUGCAGAACGCUUCAACAUUAUCUUAAGAUCUCAUCUCACAUUUCAAUCUUCAUCUUCUUAGGUGUCGGUCGUGAAAAAAAAAGAAGAGUGGAAUUCUUGUUUGAAGUUAGAAUACCUGCUUGUAAGUGAUAAGAAGCUGGACCGGAGAAUUUGCUAAGGUUUCGUAAGCAGGUUGUUUUGGAGAUUUGUAUCUGAGAGAGGUGAAGUCCCUUGUUAUCAGACUCUCUGGGAGGCGCUCAGGGGUGUGAAAAACAGCGUUUCAAGAUACAGCGACCAAGUUCAGGGGGUGAGUUCCCCCAAAGUGGCGAGUUCAGUCCGUUUCCUGUGGCCAGGAGGGUAAAUUCUACUCAUUCCAUCAUGAUGGAUGAUAUGGAGAGUGGUUCUAUGGGGUCUUACCAAGACCGGACCCGCACUUUCCCCGACAUGCGAUCCAAACCUUACACCCCUUUGGUUCUCCAACUCAUUAUGGGGUUAAACACUCGCGUUCUUUAUAUUCUUAUGCUUCUGACCUUCGGAGUUAUCUUCUAUAUUGGAGCUAGCACUUCUCCAAUUAUUGUUUUUGUAUUUUCCAUCUGCAUCAUCAGCUUCAUUGUGGCAACAUAUCUCACAAAGUGGGUUCUAGCAAAGGAUGAGGGACCUCCAGAGAUGGUCCAGAUAUCAUAUGCUAUACGUGAUGGAGCUGAAGGCUUUUUUAGGACCCAGUAUGGGACCAUCUCCAAAAUGGCUGUACUGCUUGCCCUAGUAAUUCUCAGUAUAUAUUUGUUGCGGGAUAGAACUCCGCAGCAAGAAGCUGCUGGCAUUGGAAGGGUCUCAUCUGCUUUUAUUACUGUUAUUUCCUUUUUGCUGGGAGCUUUGUGCUCAGGUGUAGCUGGAUAUGUUGGGAUGUGGGUGUCUGUUCGUGCAAAUGUCCGUGUUUCAAGUGCAGCAAGGCGGUCAGCCAGAGAAGCCUUACAGAUAGCUGUUCGUGCUGGUGGUUUCUCAGCCAUUAUUGUCGUAGGCAUGGCUGUACUUGGCGUUGCCAUUCUCUAUGCUGCUUUCUAUGUAUGGUUGGGGGUGGAUUCACAUGGUUCUAUGAAAGUCACAGAUCUGCCUCUUCUACUUGUUGGUUACGGCUUUGGAGCUUCGUUUGUUGCUCUCUUUGCACAAUUGGGUGGUGGUAUAUAUACGAAAGCAGCUGAUGUUGGAGCUGACCUUGUUGGAAAAGUUGAGCAGGGAAUACCUGAAGAUGAUCCUCGUAAUCCUGCUGUCAUUGCUGACCUGGUUGGAGACAAUGUCGGCGAUUGUGCUGCUCGUGGUGCAGAUCUAUUCGAAAGUAUUGCUGCUGAGAUCAUAAGUGCCAUGAUAUUGGGUGGAACAAUGGCACAGCGUUGUAAAAUUGAAGAUCCAACUGGCUUUAUCUUGUUCCCUUUGGUGGUUCAUUCCUUUGACCUUGUCGUAUCUACUGUGGGUAUCUUUUCAAUAAGAGGCACACGAGAGGCUGGCUUAGCUGCAGAAGAUCCAAUGAGAAUACUUGAGAAAGGAUAUUCUGUUACAAUAGUAUUAGCGGUUUUGACUUUUGGUGCGUCAACGCGUUGGUUGCUAUACACAGAGCAGGCACCUUCAGCUUGGUUAAAUUUUGCAUUGUGUGGGCUGGUCGGAAUCAUAACAGCAUAUGUAUUUGUAUGGAUCACCAAGUACUACACUGAUUAUAAGUAUGAGCCAGUACGUACAUUGGCUCUUGCAAGCUCAUCAGGCCAUGGGACUAAUAUAAUUGCUGGUGUCAGUUUGGGACUGGAGUCAACUGCACUCCCUGUUCUUGUUAUCAGUGUAGCUAUUAUUUCUUCUUUCUGGUUGGGUCAUACUUCUGGAUUGAUGGAUGAAGCUGGAAACCCUACCGGCGGUUUGUUUGGAACAGCAGUGGCCACAAUGGGCAUGCUCAGUACAGCAGCUUAUGUCCUGACCAUGGAUAUGUUUGGGCCAAUAGCUGACAAUGCUGGUGGAAUUGUGGAGAUGAGCCAACAGCCUGAAAGUGUUCGAGAAAUUACUGAUGUCCUUGACGCAGUUGGGAACACCACCAAAGCUACCACUAAAGGUUUUGCUAUUGGAUCUGCUGCACUUGCAUCUUUUCUUCUUUUCAGUGCCUACAUGGAUGAGGUGGCUUCUUUUGCUCGUGUACCGUUUAAAGAGGUUGACAUUGCAGUUCCUGAAAUUUUUGUGGGCGGCUUGCUAGGCUCUAUGCUUAUUUUUCUCUUCAGUGCUUGGGCAUGUUCAGCAGUUGGCCGUACUGCUCAGGAGGUGGUAAAUGAAGUCAGAAGACAAUUUAUUGAAAGGCCUGGAAUCAUGGAUUACCAAGAAAAGCCUGAUUAUGGUCGAUGUGUGGCAAUUGUAGCGUCAGCCUCAUUGAAGGAAAUGAUCAAACCUGGUGCUUUGGCUAUUAUAUCACCAAUAGUGGUUGGUGUUGUUUUUCGGAUACUAGGACAUUAUGUUGGACACCCAUUACUUGGUGCUAAAGUUGUGGCUGCAAUGUUGAUGUUUGCAACUGUUUCUGGCAUCCUUAUGGCUCUAUUCUUGAAUACUGCUGGUGGUGCCUGGGAUAAUGCAAAGAAGUAUAUAGAGACUGGGGCUCUUGGAGGCAAAGGAAGUGACUGUCACAAAGCUGCCAUUACUGGAGACACUGUCGGAGACCCUUUUAAAGACACGGCUGGGCCUUCAAUUCACGUUCUGAUAAAAAUGCUUGCGACGAUUACUCUGGUUAUGGCGCCUGUAUUCCUGUAACUUUGUUGAUGCGAAACUGCAGAUUUAACUGACCAGCACCCCUUUCUCGUCCCCCUUCGAUGUAGAUAAGAGGGUGCCAAAAAUGAUUUGUGGAGUUACUUAGUCACAGAGGAAUUCUUUUUGUUUUUCCUAAUUUUGAAUAAAUCUCUCUUUAGGCAGAAUCUCGAAUAUCCUCUUGUAUUGGUACUUUUCUGUAUAUGACAAUAUAAAUAUUAACAGUUGGCUUGAGGACAAUGGUGAAAGAUUUAUAUGGAGAGGUUUGUUACCCCAGAAGAAAUUUGUCCACAAACCUUGUUUUCGAUUGCUGCACCUGAAUACUAGCAAAGGGAAUGAUUAGUAUAUAAAGGAGUAUUCGUUUACUCAUAGAAGUACUAAUUAUCACAUUUAAAAAUGUCUGGGAGUCGAAUGAAAUACUUAAACUGGGGUAUAGAAGAUUUUUUAAUGUUUUGUUUGGAAGGU